AUGCAGAAGCCGACAGUCAGCCUUCCAUCAUCGCAGAACAAAGUGCAAUUUGGUAGAAAGCCAUUUGGAAAGGCAAUACCCGAACCAAGUCUGACCAGAGAGACAAAGUUUGUUCCUUCCUCAGCGAUGCGCAGCAGCUUGGCUUCUGACGGACAUGCUUCCUUGCUUAGUUCGGUCGAAUUACGUCGACAGAUUGAAUUAGCUUGCAGCUUUGAUGCCGAAGUGAAACCUGAGUCUCGGGUACCUAGGAAUCCUUUCGAUGGACCACUGGAGGAGAGGCAAUUCGAAGAGAUGAUGGAAGAGGAUCAAGAGGACGAGGAUGCAUACAAAUAUGAGGGCGGAAUCACAUUGACACCUAAGCUUUCUGGUAUGUUGUCCCAAAUAAAUGUCUGUAAAUUACAAUGCUGUUAUGUGUAG